CACAUUUUCAGGGAUUUGAUCAUGAACAUUAUGUAGUGGAUAUAUAUUCAGUGGUACCUCGGGAUAUGAACUAAAUUCGCUCCAGAAGGCUGUUCGAGUGGUGAUACCGAACGAAUUUGUUCCCUAAGGAAUAAUGUAAAUUAGAUUAAUCCAUUUCAGACCCCCAAAAAUACAGUUACAAAAGCACUUACAUAAAUACACUUACAUAAUUGUUUGAGUUUUGAGCUGUUCUUAUCCCGAGGUACCACUGUAUUUGCCUAUCUUAUUUUUGGGGAGAUAGGAAGCUCCUUGUUAAUUUCCCCUCAAGGAAAAUUCCUUGAUGUUGGUGAGGGGCUCUUGGUCUAGGGAAUUGGAUCUGUGCUCUGGUUCCCUGAAUUAAGCCUGAAUACCUUCCACAUUCCCCCCAUAGGCACUGCAUAAUCCUACAAGGUUUAGCACUCCCCCUUGAUUAUAAUAAUAAUCCUUGUUAAUUAAGAGUCCCUUCAUUAUAUUCUGAAAUUUUCCAUGUGUACUUUUAAAGUGCUACCCAGUCAUUACUUUACACCUUCAGCAGGUUUAUUACUCACUGGGAGAAUAUAAAUUUAUCAGAGUACAAACUGAAUUACAAUUUUUUUAUAUUUCCUUUGCCACACAGGACUGCUCUUGGCCAACCUGACACCACUAGUGGUAGUGGAAGCACCAUGUGAAUGGCGAUGGGCGGCAGCUAUGUCACUGCUGCUGGUGGUGAUGGGCCAGUGCAUGUUGUUCGUGGGUGGCUACCAGUACACUCCAAUUGACCUGGUACCUCCCUAUGCUGCCACUCUCUCUGGUCUGGCUAACUCUUUCAAUGGCCUAAAUGGCCUGGUGGUACCCAUUGUGGUGGCCUACCUCACGCCCACGGGGAGUCGAGCAGAGUGGCGGCUGGUAUUUUGGGUGAGUGCCGUCCUCUCCUUCCUCGGUAUACUUGUAUUCAUCAUCUGGGGCAGUGCUGAGAGACUGCCCUGGGUGCCCACCACCAGAUCACACUCCAGUCUUUCUAGGAAAGUUGUUCUUCAGAGACCAGAAGAAAAGGAGGGAUCAUCAAUAUAAAUGACAAGAAACCAAGAAAUCACAGGAGAAACUUCGCCUGCUUUUAGAUGCCCAUUGGGUCAUUAUACAUACAUUCCAAAAGUGUCCAUUAAAAAAAUCAGUCUACAGCAAUAGUGGGAAUGCAAGAAACACAGAAUUAAGAAGAAAUCAAUUUUGAGUGACGUAGCUUUUAGAAUUUUAGGCAAAUUAAUACAGCAUAGAAUGUAUUUCACCAUUUUACAUAUACAGUACAGUCCACUGUAUCCCCAUGGAGAUAAAUGGUAUACAACAUGAUGGAAAAAAUACACAUAAAUGCAGUAUAAUGCAAUCCUUUAUUGACAACAUGUAUAUAAGGAGGAUAGUGACGUGAAGGGUCAGGUGAGGAAUGUUGAAGUUGAUUGAUGAGAAGACGUCCUUCUCAAAUUCAGCUUCUUCUCAGCAAUCACUUUCAACAUUUCUCACCUGACCCUUCACAUCAUUAUGCUCCUUACAUAUACACAUGUACUUUCUGCUCAGGUAGAUCUGCUUUUAAUUUGAUAAAGCCAACUGUGUGGGCAAAAACAUUAAGAAAGGAUUCUAUUAUGCUGCAUUUGUCUAUUUUCGCACUAUAUCCCCUUAUUCAAAUGUGCACUGAUAUUAAUAUAUGUUUGUAUUUAACAUUUCACUAUAAGUGGGCAGGAAAAUGCAUUGGUUUAUAAACCUUUCAAUCAAACUUACUCAAUUCAUUCCUGAUCACAUCAAAAAAUCUAAUUAGGGGUUAUUAAAUGAUCAAUAAAAGCUGAUGUCCAGUUAUAUUACAUUAAACUGUAAAUAAAUUAAUUUAGGAUUUAGAAGGCAUUAACAUGGUAUUGUAACAAAGAUUGAAUUCCAUCCUCCAGCAUAAAUUCUUGUGACACCGCUGUUGAAUACCUGAGUAGGUUCCUCAGUCAUAUCUGUGUGACCCAGUCCAAGCUGCCCAUACCUAAAAUUUUAAAUUAAUCACAUUAAUAUUAAAUUAUAUAAGGGAUACAAUUAAUUGUUGUUCUUUUUACAGGAACUGAUUAUUAUGCUAAAUUUGAAUAUACAACAAAUAUACUGCACAUUAU